UGUCCUUCCGCUGUUCUCUGUCCGACGUCCAACAUUAAGCGAAACCGAGCCCUGGUUACUUGUUGCGCGCAGGGGAAAGGCGACCAAGAGAGCGCGAGAUGGCGAGCGGCGCGUGAAGGUAGGGCAGGGGAAGACUUGCCUUUAUAUGGGGAAAGAGGCCUUCGUGGACGGCGUCCGUCGCUGGUUCCACCGCCGCUUUCACCGCAUCGCCAUCGCCUCAUCCGUGCGUUGAGAAGGGGAGAAGUGCAGAGUUGUCGAGGACUUUGGCAUCUCGAGGCUUGGAUUCAUCAGGCAUUCAGGCUCCCCGGGUGGCCGCCAUGGAUCCCCACAAGAAGAACAUGCUUGAGACUGAAUUUUUCACGGAGUAUGGUGAAGCAAGCCGAUUUCAGAUACAAGAGGUUGUUGGCAAGGGAAGCUAUGGGGUAGUGGGGGCUGCAAUAGACACCCAUACUGGAGAGAGGGUGGCGAUCAAGAAGAUCAAUGAUGUGUUCGAGCAUGUUUCUGAUGCCACUCGCAUUCUAAGGGAGAUCAAAUUGCUUAGGCUGCUUCGCCACCCUGAUAUCGUAGAAAUUAAGCAUAUAAUGCUUCCUCCAUCUAGGAGGGAAUUUAGAGAUAUUUAUGUUGUUUUUGAGUUAAUGGAAUCAGAUCUUCAUCAAGUUAUAAAGGCAAAUGAUGAUCUGACACCUGAACACCACCAGUUCUUUCUAUACCAGCUACUUCGGUCUCUGAAGUAUAUUCAUUCAGCUAAUGUAUUUCAUCGGGAUUUAAAACCGAAAAAUAUCCUUGCCAAUGCGGAUUGCAAAUUAAAAAUCUGUGACUUUGGCCUUGCCCGUGUAUCAUUUAAUGAUGCCCCGUCAGCUAUUUUAUGGACUGAUUAUGUGGCAACAAGAUGGUAUCGUGCUCCUGAAUUAUGUGGCUCCUUUUUCUCGAAGUACACCCCUGCGAUUGAUAUUUGGAGCAUAGGAUGCAUAUUUGCAGAAAUGCUUACAGGAAGACCAUUGUUUCCUGGCAAGAAUGUGGUGCAUCAGUUAGAUCUCAUGACCGAUCUGCUUGGAACUCCUUCACCUGAAUCCAUCGCUAGGAUUCGAAAUGAAAAGGCUAGAAGAUAUUUAAGUAAUAUGCGAAAAAAAAAGCCAGUUCCUUUCUCACAGAAGUUUCCUGGUGUAGAUCCUUUGGCUCUUUGUUUGCUUGAGCGCCUACUUGCAUUUGAUCCUAAAGAUCGACCUACUGCUGAAGAGGCACUAGCUGAUCCAUACUUUAAUGGUCUGGCAAAUGUUGACCGUGAACCUUCAACACAGCCUAUAUCAAAACUUGAAUUUGAGUUCGAAAGGAGGAAAUUGGCAAAAGAUGAUGUAAGAGAGUUAAUUUAUCGAGAGAUUUUGGAGUAUCAUCCUCAGAUGCUGCAGGAGUAUCUACAUGGUGCAGAUCAGACUAACUUCAUGUACCCAAGUGGUGUUGAUCGUUUUAAGCGACAAUUUGCUCAUCUUGAAGAGAACUAUAGUAAGGGUGAAAGAAGCACUCCACUUGGACGGCAACAUGCAUCCUUGCCCAGGGAGAGGGUGGGCGCAAAUAAAGAUGCGAUUCCUGAUCAAAAUAAUGACUUCGAAAAGCGAAGUGCAGAUUCUGUUGCUGGUACACUUCAAAGCCCUAAAAAGUCACAGCAGGGUGAGAGAUCAGAUCAUGCAUCAGUUACAGAUGGCAUAAACAGGACAAAUUUCGGUGCUCGUAGCUUGUUGAAGAGUGCAAGCAUCAGCGCUUCCAAGUGCAUAGUUGUCAAAGGAAGGAAGGAUUCAGAAGUACAUGAGGAACCAAUUUCCGAGAACACAGAGGACGCAGCUGAUGGCUUAUCUCAGAAAGUAGCUGAAUUGUAUACCUAACAACAGGAAAGUCUUGACAAUACAUAAUCAGUGCAAGAUUAGUCUCAGAUUAGGAGGGUUGAACUGGUUGUUGAUUAUGAUCUGGCAUUGCAUCAGUUGGAUCCCGUAUGUUCUUUUGUCAACUGUACUGUAUGUUCAAAUUGUUGUGAGGGCCUGCCGCCUCCUAUACCUGGAAUUUUGAGGGAAAAAGUUUCUUUCAGUAGGUGAAUUUCAUGAGAUCCUAAUUUUUGUUCGUUGAAGAUUAUUCCUAAUUUAUUUAUAUAUUUUCUGUUCUGAUGGUCCA